UUUAUUUGUUUGAUGAUUUUAGCCUGACCAACUUAUUGACAAGCAGGAACACAGUAAGCAAAGCUGAUCAGUGUAGCCAGCAAGACCAAGCAGGUCAGCACCACCGUAAUCAAAUCCCAGAAACACAAUGUUGAAUAAAAAGCCUCUCACUGGAAGCAAAAAGAGACUCACUGGAUUGAAACUGCAGAGAAAAUAUUAGAAAAAGGAGAAUGUAUACAAACACUCAGAGAAACCUCAAGAAGAAUGUCAGUGGCUAAAAAAAUAAUACUGGAGCUUGAAGACAACAUUCUGCAGUCCACAUUUUUUUUUCAGAAGGGGUCUUUCACUACCACUGCACACUGAGCUAAGGCUGAGGUUAAAGAGAGAGAGGGAGAGGUGUAGUUUGCAGUCUACAUGUGGGUAAAAAAUGGCUCUGUAAUUUGUAAUUUGACACUUCGGUUUCAGAAAGGCGCACAGGUCUCUCAGAAGCCUGGCAGAAGUGUUUGGUCCCCUUUGCGGAGUAACUGCCCCUCUUCUCAGAGGGGAAAUCUUCAUCACUGCGAAUGGGUCACAGCCAUUCCCACCGUGUAGUGAAAACAUGGCGAAACACACUGGAAUUAAUAACUGCCACAAGACCUAUAUCCGAGGGAAAAACCGGAGGGGGAACUGGCUGGCCGUUAUUCUGCUGAGGGUUUCUCGGCGGGAUUUUGGACUGUGUCUCAGCACGCUGCUGCUCUUCUGUUUGGGCUCUGUUUUGUGGCAGUUAAACGGAGGACCACCUCAACUUCUCCUUCAUGUUCGUUACUACUUCGGGAAAUCAACAUUUCUUGAUGACCAUGGACCCUUAGCAUCCAGAGCUUUACCUUUCCCAAGUCAGGUUGUAUAUAAUCGAGUUGGGAAGUGUGGGAGUCGUACUAUUGUCCUGCUGCUUCGUAUUCUAGCAGAGAGAAACCAGUUCACCCUCAUCUCAUCAGACAUCCACAACAAGACCAGACUUAGCAAGCAUGAACAGAUGAAUCUGAUGGUUAACAUCAGCAGUGUUCCACAGCCGUUUCUGUACACUCGUCAUGUUCAUUUCCUCAAUUUCACCAGGUUCCACAUAGAUGAGCCGGUGUACAUCAACAUCAUUAGAGAUCCUAUCAGCCGCUUUUUGUCCAAUUACUUUUUCCGGCGCUUUGGGGACUGGAGAGGAGAAGAGAAUCAUGUUGUCCGAACUCCAGGAAUGAAGGAUGAUGAGAGAUAUCUAGACAUUAACACUUGCAUUUUGGAAGGUCACCCUGAGUGCUCCAACCCCCGGCUCUUCUACAUUAUCCCUUAUUUUUGUGGACAGCAUCCUCAGUGCAGGGAGCCAGGUUUGUGGGCACUGCAAAAGGCUAAGGAGAAUGUGAUGGAACACUACUUGCUGGUGGGGGUACUGGAAGAGCUAGAGAAUGUUCUACUUUUGCUGGAGAGACUCGUGCCUCACUUCUUUUCUGACGUUCUCAACAUCUACAGAAGUCCAGACUACAGGAAGUUAGGAAAUAUGACAGGAACUGUACACAAACAGACGCCAAGCCUAGAAGCCCUGCAGGUGCUGUAUCAACGUAUGGACUAUGAAUAUGAAUUCUACAGGUUUGUCAAAGCACAGUUCCACAUCACAAAAAGGAAAUUUGGUUUAAGGACAAAACCCCAGCCCCAAAGGCAAAGUGCCAGCCUGCAUCACAGGGAAGAACAGGAGGAGCCUGGUGAAACUGUUUUGGAGAACUGGGAAGUAUGAACUACAUUUCAAACAAGAAGAGUGUGUUAUGAACAGAGCAGCUCUUCCAGAGAUGACAGACACAAUGUGCUGUCUUCAGGAUAAGCAAAAGAACUGCAAAAUCAAUACAAACUGUUUCAAUGAAGCAAAAAUAAUUUAUUCAAUUUGCACUUGCUCAAAAUGCUGCAGUGUUCUUCACAUUCUUCGCAUUAUUUAUAUAAUUUUUUUAAAGUGCAUUUACAUUCACUCACAGUAACAUUAAAGUGCUUUUGUGUGUUUUUAUUUUUGUAAAUAAGGGCUGUUUUAUUUUGUACUGUUCCUGAUUAGUCCACGUAUAGUUCUUAGCACUGAAAUGGGCAUAAGACUGUGAGAUGCAACUGAACCAAAAUGAUUUCUGUCAUUUAUAAUGAAAUUUUAUGAUGAAAGAAAAAACUUAAUACAAUAAACAUGGUAGUUUGAUCUGAGCUAAAUGUAAAUGACAUUGUUUAAGGAAUGGUAAUGCCGUGUAAUUACUGCUAAAUAAAACUUAGUAUAAUUCAAACAUAAUUCAUACAGAUCACUGUAAAACACUACUGAUCAACUUUACUUGACAAUAAUCUAAAAUAAAAUUGCCAUGAUUUUCUCCUA